CCUAAACUGUGUCAUUGCUUUGCUUAUGCCUUCAAUAAAGAUGAGUCAUGCAAUUGCAAAAAAUCUAGAUUCCCUUACUAUGUUGAAUAUUCCCUUUAAAUAUCAAUGGAAUUGAAACCAUUUACACUAAGCAGUUGCGCAGACUACACAAGGCAGUAGUUAAUUAUAAAGUGACAAGUUAUGGGGAUUAUGGCAGUUAGCUCUAUGCCAGACUUAGUUAAGACUUUCUCUAUGAGAUACUUACCUGAACCUACUGCACAAUUCCAUGGUCAUGAUCCUUCUGCAAAAGCUCCUCUGAUGUAUAAGCAAAGAAAAGUAGAUUCAGUCAUCAGAACAAUUAACAAGCUAUGGAAGAAAGCGGAUAGUUUUGCACGCGGAGUUAGAGAACAUGUGAGACUGGCGCCCAAGAUUGCUGAAACUGUGAAGGGGAAGUUGAGUUUGGCUGCAAAAAUUCUGCAAGUAGGCGGAAUGGAGAAAAUAUUCAAGCAGCUGUUCAGUGUGAGAGAAGGAGAGAAACUGUUGAAGGCUUCUCAAUGCUAUUUGUCAACUACAGCAGGUCCAAUAGCAGGCCUCCUCUUUAUCUCCACAGACAAGGUUGCAUUUCGCAGUGAGAGAUCACUGAAAUUCUAUUCGAAGAACGGAGAAAUUGUUAGAGUUCACUACAAGGUUUUGAUCCCAACUGAGAAAAUUAAGGGAGUAAACCAAAGUGUUAAUAUGAAGAAACCAUCUCAGAAGUACAUGGAAAUUUGCACUGUAGACGAUUUUGACUUCUGGUUCAUGGGUUUCUUAAACUAUGAGAAGGCUUUCAAAUACGUUAAGCUGGCGAUCUCCCAGAGCAUAAAUGAUGUACUAAGGAAAGACCUUCUGCUAUGAAAAACACCAUUAAUUAAUCCUGUA